CUAGAGAGAAAUGUGGUCAAUUUUCCAGUCUAUGAUUGUGUGGUGUUUGUAUAAUAGGUUACAUUGUGUCCUCUAAAAUGACGUUUCUUAAUUGUAAAUAUUAUUUAUUUGACACUAAAUAAUUUUUAUUGAUUAUAAGAACUCGUUGACAAAAAUUUUCGCUAUCUGUAAACUUGUGUAUUAUUUACCAAUUCGUAUGAGGUUAUGAUAAGAAAAUUAACUUGAGUCACAUCCUGUGUCCAAUGUUUACUAUUAGAUUACUUUUUGGAUCCAUUAGAGAUUGUGAAAAUUCAUUAUUAUAUCAGAUAUGACAUUAAAUGGUUUUAGCAAUCAAAAAUUAAAAUGAUUGAUACAGCCUGUAGUUUAGAAGAUGCGUGUCGGCAGGCUCAGGAUAUGAUAAAUCAGGUAUCCAAAUGUUGGAAAAAUGUUCAAGGACAAAAUUCUAUAAGUUUAGCUUGUGAUAAAUCAUCUAUUCAAAAAAAAGAACAGAAUCAUUCUAAACACAGCAUUCAGUCUAAGUUAACUAGAUUAUAUUUUGAAGAACUUACUAAAGUUCCUCAUGCAACUCCUGACUCUGUGUUGAAUAAUCUAGAAAAUGAAUGUGAUCUUUUGGGAAGAUUGGUGCAAAGAGAAAGUCUAUAUACAUUAAUUGUUAAUCUCUAUGCUGGUAAUAAAGGAUACUCACUAGCUGUAAGAAAUAGUGAUAAGGGAAAUCAGUAUGAUAAAAAUUCAAUAUUAGCUGAAACACAACUGAUGGGUUACGAACAGGGUGAAUUGCUUUCAUGUAUAGAUAAUGGUCAAUUGCCUGCAAUGUUGGCUGAGCAAUUAGAAACUAAUCAUUCUCAUUUAUUUUAUGAUGGUUGUAUAAUAGCUGAAGUUCGAGAUUAUCGAAAAGCAUUUCCUCAUACUAAAGCUGAAGUUCACCAUGUGCUUCUUAAGCCUACAACACAAAGUGUACUCUCAGAUGUAUCAACCUUAACUAGUGAUGGUGAUUGGAGUCAUGAAGAGCGAUUAAUGUUAGAAUCACAUUUAGUCGCAGCUACCCAAGGACCUCUUUGUCUUGAUCCAAAUCCUAUUCCUAGCAUAGCUACAACACGAUUAAGGCAAUCUAAAUCUUUGCUUACUGAUCACCAACUUAUGCGGCAAGCCAAAAAGUUUUCACAGGUUACGGUUAAUCGUAAGAGAAAAUUGGAACAAUUAGCACAACCAGAGGGAUUAACAAUACAAGAUUUAAUGCAAAAAUUAAGAGCAAAGAGAGGAGUAGCUACAACCACUGCCUGUCCACCACCUUCUCUUACAAAUCCUCCUCUACUUCCACCAAAUACACCUAUUGAUGUUUUAAGAUUUGCAAAAGCAUACGAACGCCCGCGAGAAACAAAAGACUGUUUGCCACACGUUAUAGAAGAAUAUAUAUUAGAAACGGGAGGAAGUCAAGGUGAAAUAGAUCACAUAAAGCUCUCAAUUCUACAAAGACCUUCUAAUUCUGAGUACCUGGGAGAGCUUUAUAUGGAUAAGAAUCAUCGUGAAGGAGAGAAAAACGGAUCUGCAUGCCGAUUUACAUUAGGUACAAGAGUUCUGGCAAAUCAUUACAUUCAACAAUUUACGGAAAUAUUUACGGAAGAGGGUAGGAAGAACGUUAGAAUAAAACAUGUUGUACCAGGGCAGGUCCCUCGCGUAACAUGUACACCCGGUAUGCAACGAGCACAUCAACAAGCGCAGCAAGCAAAAGCAGCGCAAUUAGUUGCUCAGCAUUUACAACAAGCUCAAUCUCAACAUGUCGCGCAGCAGAUCUUAUCAAGAGCUCAAGGUCAGUUAAAUACUCUAGCUGGUCAAGUAGCUUCAAUGAAAACUAUAACAGAAGCCACUACUUCUGCACAAAAUAACUUGACAUGCGUAGAUGCAACAAAUAUUCCACAAGUUAUUGCUCAGAAUGAGACUACGUCAAUGAGUCCAGGGCAACCUUUAACUAAUGGUGGAUCAAAUGCCUCCACAUCUGUACAGAUUGAUAACUCUACUAUGUCAGUUGCUGAUGGCAAUUCCUGUAAUGGAUCUGGAAUUUUAGUUUUUCAGCAGAAAUUAAACAGUAAUAUUAAUAAUGCUACAUCUACAAAUGUUCCAGUUUUGCAAGCUCAAUUGCAAGCUGGAACACAAAAUUGUGUUACGGAAACCGUUAAUCAGAGCCAAAAUGAAAUACCAUUUAAAAAACAUUCUACUAAUCCCGCGAUAACAGCUCUUGUAACAUCUCUCAUGAAUUCUGCUCAACAAUUUCAACAGCAAGCUGCAGCAAAUGCAGCAGCUGCUGCUAUGAAUAGUAAUGCACAGACUACAAACAAGUCAAAUAAUGCUGCGAUCCUUAGUUUGUUAAAUAGCAGUCCUGCCAAUUUGACGCAACAGAAAGUCCAGCCACGAAGGAUUUCUUUGAAUGCUUCCAUCCCAUCUAGAGUUCUUAGUCAUGGAAAUGUCAUUAAUGUCCCUAAUACAACUGGUCAAGUAAGGGUGAGUUUAAGUUCAACUUUAACAGGACAAUUAAGUUGUAAGCAACAACCAGUCAAAGCAACAGCUGUGAAAUUAGCUCGUGUGCAAGAUCCUAAUUCAACACUUGGAUUAUCAAUGUCAGGACUUUCAGCUUUGUUAGCAGGGACGCCAUCUGCGGAUAAUCCAAUACCAGGAAUUAAUUCUGGUUCGUCUCUCCUUGAGCGGUUAACUGCUUCUUCCAGUCAAAAUAAUCAAUCUGCGACGCCAAUGAGUACUCCACCAUCAACCAAUGUAAACCUGCAGGGUGUAAAUCUUACUAGUCUGUCGAAUUCCAUCAAUGGUCUUCAAAAUGUUCAGGUAUCAUUUCCUGGACUAUCACAACCCAUUACGAUGUCGCUAAAUGUGUCAGCAACGACGGGUUCCGUUACACCUACAGGAGUCAUUGUUUCUCUGCCUAUAUCAUCUGCAACUAAUACUUGCACCACGGUUUCUAGUAUGGUAGCUACUACAGUUGUUACAACAGCUAUUGCUGGAAGUACACCAACAGUAGUAAUAACUAAUCCUGCCAAUACUCAUUUGUCGUUACCAAUUGCCCAAAUAAUACCUUCAGCAGUCAAAGGAUUAUCGCAACAAAACAUACGUAGUAGUAAUUCUGUUACCCUUGCACAGGGUGGACAGGCAAUUCAACUUGUUGGAUCUCAAAGGCCACGAGUUAAUCAUAUAGCACGUCAAGUACAACCAAAUCAAGUUAAAUCAACUGUUUUAUCAAAUCAAUUAGUAACUGUGGCUAAAACAGUGACAGCCAGUCAGUUAAUAUUGUCUGGUAAUAAACAAGUGUUAACUCCUAUAAUGGCAGCAACGAAACCAGUGCUUAUGGCGUCCCAGACGACAUCUUCUUCCCAAGUAGUACCUGCAAAUAAACAAACAUUAUUGACAAAAUCCUUGCAUGCUAGAGCUUCUACAGGGCAGUGCAGUCAGCAAACUCAAAGUCUUGGAGUGGCAACAUUAUCACAACAACAAUUACAGAGAACUCUUGUUAAACCUGUACAGCUCCAACAGUUACAGUGUUUAACUACACAACAUAAAGUAGCGGUUGCAACUGGCAAUUCACAAAACAGGACUCAAAUUGAGCCUCAGAGAAAUUCUACAUCUGGCCCUGGGGAAGAUCCAGCCUGAACAUGUUCAAAUAAUUAAUAUUUCAUCACACUGAAAUAAUUGGAGCCUGCCUAUAAGGAAUGUAAUGAGGUUUUUACAUAUUAAGUUAAUAUGACAUUUGAAAAUUUUAAUUGUAAAUUGCAUGCAAUUAUAAUUGUAAAUUAUACAAUUUUUAUUCAUGAACGAUCAAUGUUUAACAGUAAAGACAUAUUUUAUAAAAAUCAGCAUAAUACAUACUUGUGCACAUGUGCAAUAAAUUAUUUCUACAAAAAACGAAAAAAAAAUUUCUACCUCAAAAUAUUACUUUGAGGAUGGUUUCAAUUAUUGUACAUAUAACUUAUACAUACAAUAUGAUUUGUUUUAUAUUAAAAAAUAUAAUAAAUAUUCCAUUUUUUAUUGACCUCGACCCUUCUUUAUAUUAUUGUUAUUUAUUUCGAAUAAAAAUAUUUUAUGAUAUACACUUUUUGUAAAAAAUCGGUCGCUGCUAGCUGCACAUAUAGAACUAGUGCAGACGAGCGACUUUGUCCGCAGUAUAUCACUCUGAUCAUAUGUCUGUUUUCGUUGUUGUUAACUGGGAAAACAAAUAAACAUAUAUGAUCGCAGCGAUAUCGCGCGGAUAAAGUCACUUGCUGCAUCGGGUCUUAUGUUACUUCAUAUGUACACAUUAGAAUCAUUAAAAAUGUGUGGUAUUAUCUCGAGACUAGGGAAUCGAUUUGGGAUUCGAGAUGAAUCAUCAAAAUUUGAGUGGAAUUCCGAUAUUUUCGUAUUUCUCAAGAUUCUGAGAUUUUGCCCAAAUCCAUCUGAACUCUAAUUUAUCCCAAGUUCAUAAUGUUAAUUCGUUAAUAAUCAUAGACAGAUAAAGUAAAUUAAGUUUUGUCUUAAUAUUUUUAUUUUAUUAAUUAUAUACAUAUUAACAUGUCAUAAUUUAAUAUAUAAACUCUUGAAGAUAGCUAUUUUCAGUACUAUUCAUAAUUACAAAUAUUGAAACAACUUUCGAAAUAAUUUUUCGUAGUUCAAAAUAAGCAUGAAGUGUUAUUUAUAUUCUUAACAAUUGCAAUAAAAUUUGUGAACCGUUAGUUUCAUACAAGAGUACUUAAGAAGAUAUCCAGAAAUGAAAUAAUAAGUUAAAAUACAACAAAUCUUUCAUCCAAAUUAGUAAUUAAUCUUAAAAUAAAAUUACAUGACUUAUGUAUGGGACCGAGUGGAAGUUACAAAUAUGUAAGUCGAAUAAUAAAGCCGAAAAAAUAAAUAAAUUUCAAUUAUGUAACUAUAUACAGUUUUUAAAACCAUAAAACAUUUUUAUGUACAAUUUAGAUAGAUUAAGUAAUAUACAGUAUCACUUUUUAAACAUAUAAAAAUUAAUACAUAUAUAACAUUUACAUAUAAGUUACAUGAUAAUAAUCUAGGAUGUUCUUAUACCUAUACUAAGUCAAAUACAUACGUCAAACAUAUAGUACAGUACAUAUACAUAUAAACACAGCAAUUUUUUUUUAAUAAUAAUACAAUUUAAUAUGUAAUUAAAUAUAUAACUUGUGCUUUUUAUAAUUAUUGCUAUAAGUCACUUAUUACAUAAUGAUAUUUAGUUCAGUAUAUGAUACAAAAAUGUCAUUCUUUAACCAUAAUUAAAUAUCCUCAACAGUGAUUACGUCAAUAAUAAACAGUAUAAAAUUUUUGUAUAUUAGUUGGCAUUCAGUUCCAGCUGUAUGCAAUAACAAAAUUUGUUUUCCUAUCCUAAUUUAAAUAAUUAAUUUUAUUAUUUAUUUAAGUAUUUAUUGCAAAUAAGAACCGCACAAAUAAUUUGGCACUGCUCUGUGUUGGAAAAUAUCUACAUAAAUAUUUUUACUAAGAAGUAUAACAGAAUUAGAAAAGGAGAAAAAAUGGGGAAAAUAAUUUACUUAGCUCUCAUGCUUACACUCCUCGUCAAAAAGAUAACCUAGGUGUGCUAUCUUUAAUUUCUCAAUGACGCGUGUAAAGUUUUCCGUCUGUGCCAUUAUUAAAUAAGUAUAUAUGUUUGAUAAGUAAUUAUUGUUAGUUACAAUGUAUGUUGAUUAUUAUUUUCUUACUGUACAUGUAUUAUCAUUUCGUUCUUAAAAUAAAACAAUUUUUUUUGUUACA